UUAUGAUCACAUGGACAUUUUUUAAAAAGUCUGUCUUAGCGCAUCGCAAUGUGCGGGAGCUGAGUGCGGAGGAGAAGAGGUGAGACACAAGAUGGCAUCCUGGCAAGAAGGCUCAGUGUGAUACAAAAAAACAAACGAAAGAACAAAUAUGCAGAAGCUGUGGCUGAUCCAUCAAGCACAAAGAUAGAACUGUCAAAAGAAAAAAUCUGAAAUACCAAGCAAAGUUUCCCAACCAAUGUGAGAGAUAUGGAGUCUCUAAAAGAGGAGAGCAAAGGGCAUGGUUUCCAGAACUUCCAAGAAUUUGUUUCCCUGGGAGAGAGAGACAUGGACACCUGUGAUAAAGUCUCACCAGGCCAACCAGAUGUUCUAUUGGAACAGAAGAAAAAUAAAGGAAGCUUUAGGAAAGAAUGUCCAUCCAUGAGAACUUCAAACAGGUCUACCUCCAGCACAUCCACCUGCUCCUCACUGGCCUAUUCAUCCCCAGAGAGUGACCAGGUGUUUAGUGAGGAAGAGGAGACGCCGGCCAAACGCAAAAUAUUGCGCAAGACCAAAUCCUGGAAGACUUUCUUCACAAUGGUACACUGGUCCCUUCGGCGACAGAAUUCCUGGGUGCAGUUGGCCGGGCAUGAAGGUAACUUCAAGGCUAGUGAGCGAGGCCACAUCCUAAAGAAGUUCAGUCCUAUAGAAAAUGCUUGCUUGGUUGCACUUAUGGAUGAUGCCCUGCGCCCAUAUGUGCCCAGCUACCAAGGCAUCGAGGAGAAGGAAGGGCAAACCUACAUCAAAAUGGAAGAUUUACUUAUGGGCUUGGAAGGCCCUAGCAUCAUGGACUGCAAGAUGGGCUUCAGGACAUACUUGGAAGAAGAGCUCGAAAAGGCACUGCUGAAACCCACCCCAAGGAAAGAUCUGUAUAACAAGAUGGUGAAAGUGGACCCUUUCGCCCCAACCGAGGAAGAGCAUUUGCAGAGAGGCGUUACCAAACCUCGCUACAUGCAGUGGCGAGAGACAGUGAGCUCCACCUCUUUGCUUGGAUUUCGCAUUGAAGGCGCCACAAUUGAAGGUGGACCAGUGCAUAAGGACUUUAAACAAAUGAAGAGCAGAGAGAAAAUCAUGGAGACAUUUGUGACCUUUACAAAGGGACAGAAGAACAUCCUUGAGGCGUAUGUGCGCCGUUUAGAGAACAUGGAGAAGGUGCUUCAGGAAUCCGCAUUCUUCCGCACGCAUGAGGUGAUUGGAAGUUCCCUCCUGUUUGUUCAUGAUCGCCGUGGAUUCUCGAGCGUGUGGAUGAUUGAUUUCGGGAAGACGUCCCCAGCACCUACGCACCUUACUCUGCGCCAUGAUGUAGCCUGGGAGCAUGGAAACCACGAGGAUGGAUACCUGUUAGGUCUGAGAAACCUUACAGACACCAUCCGGGACACCAUAGCUGGCAUGAACGACAUGAUGGAGAUCCUGGGCAAAACAGUAGAAACCUCAGAAGAGAAAGGGGAGAAACUAAAAUGGGACAGGCAUGAGAUCCCAGCAGGCGGAGACCAGGAGAACCAAACAGCGCUACACAAGGGCAAUGAGAUUAUAAGGAGAGAGGAGUUAGGAGCCACAUUUAGUGAAAGAGGACAGAAUGUAUCACUGCAGGAGAGAAGCAGGGACCUGUGACGGUCAGGAGAAAUGCUCUGGGAUAACUUGGAUGAAAGGCACAGAUCUGGCACCCUUUUGGCAGCUGUUACCACACUGAGACUCUUCAACUCAUCUCAGCAUAGCGAGAGUGCUGAUCUUCAUUCUGAUGGAGUCAACAGCAAGAAACAGGCUGCGGCCUCGUGAAUACUUGUGUUUUAUAUGCAAAAGCAGUUGCUCGGAUAGCUUUCAUAUGAAAUCAGACAUUUGUGCUUGUGUACAGCAGUUAGAAUCCUUGGUGUGAGUUCAGUGCAAGUGCUCUUGCGUCCCCUUUUGUGUGUGCGCAGACAGAACGACAGCUCUUGAAUGAAAAACACAAGUAUGCAGAA